GUGGGGGCAGGAGGGAAGGAGGCAAAGAUAAGGUUUAAAUUCAACCAAAGAGACCUACAUGAAAGACAUCCCUCUGCUUCCCAUCCACAUCUUUCUGAAGAUGUUUCAGAUGAGAGUCUUCUUCACCCUUCUGUGCUUCAGCAUUGUCUGGGCAGCAGAACAGGGAAGCACUUUUGAAGAGCAUGGAGGAGGAGUACGUGGUCCUAGAAUAGUGGAGCAUAAAGCCCAAGCUGAUUGCAAGCAAGAAAAGGAAUGGGCAUCAUGCUCUGAUGAAGACUGGGGCAUUAAAUGUCCAUCAGGAUGCAGGAUGCAAGGACUGAUAGAUGAAACAGAUCAGGAAUUUAAUGACAGGAUAGACAAAAUUAAGAAACUCCUCUUAGAUAACCAAAACAGCUAUAAGAAAUCAAAUAUUCUGAAACAGGAGAUCACUACUGUUCUAGAAAGGAAUCUGAUCAGUGAGCAAGAGAUAGAUGACAGCUUUGGGCAAAUUUCUGAUGAUCUGAGAAGAAGACUUGUAACACUGAAACAGAGAGUGACUGAUCAGGUAAACAGGAUUAAAGUCCUGCAGAACACCAUCAGGAGUCAAGUUGGGGAGCUGAAGCGUUUAGAGGUGGACGUUGAUAUUAAGAUCCGGGCUUGCAAAGGAUCUUGUGCACGAGUGUACAACUACCAAGUGGACACAGAAAGUUAUGACAACAUACAGAAGCAGCUUAUACAGGCCAGUUCCAUCAAUCUGCAACCAGCAUUUGAAGCAAGACCCAUGAGUGUACUGAAAAUGAGACCACUGAAGGAGUCUACUGUUCCUAGCCAUUUCAAAACCGCUCCGCUGACUGAACAAGAAGCGAACAUACUCAGUCAUAUAAAGCUAGUUGAAGCAGUCUUGGAAAAUUCAGAGGCAGAGUCCAGAGGACCUUCCGUGGCCACCAAGUUUGUUGUGCCUGGAGCAGAGACAAGUCGGUAUCCCCACACUGCUGUCACUACUACAGGAGGUGGUUCUGACAUGAAAGUUAGACCUGCUACGACUGCCCAUGCCACACAGACAUGCCUCAGAACCCACACCACAAGAAUAAUUCAGGGCCCUCAAGGUAUCAAAGAAGAGGUUAUUGAAGAGUUUAAAACUCCUGACGGUUCAGACUGUUCUCACUUGAAAGGACUGGUCAAGGAAACUGGAGGCACAUACCAUAUCAAAGUCAGCUCAAGUGGUGGUGGUGGAAGUGGCUUGCCUGACUUUUCUUCCCUAGAUCCAGAGAUAAGAGAUUUUUUUAGCCUAGAUGCUGGCAGCAGACUGUCAGAAACUGCAAGCCACCUGCCAACACCUGAAAGGCCAGACUCUUUCUCUGACCUACAUGAGGAAGAUUAUGAUGACUUCUCAAGAAUUGACCACGCCUCUCAUGGACUUCCAUCUAAAACGAGUGGUGCCACUUCAACCCAUUCCAAGACAGUUGUGUCCAGCAGUAGCAGUGCUACUGGCUUCAAUAAAGGGGGCUCUACUUUUGAAACCAAGUCACUAAAACUCCCAGCCUCAUUUCGGGAGGUAGAAGGGGUGCAACAUGACGAGAGUGGAGAGGAUAAUCCUGAUUUUCGAGCACGGAGCUUGAACACAGGAGGAGAGAAGCAGGGGGAAAGCUACACCGGGCCAGACUGUGAGGAUAUCCACCAAAAACACACUUCUGGUGCCCAAAGUGGCAUUUUCAGAAUCAAGCCAGCAGGAUCCGCUAAGGUUUUUUCAGUAUAUUGCGACCAAGAGACCACUUUGGGAGGAUGGCUUCUGAUCCAACAGAGAUUGGAUGGGUCAUUGAAUUUUAACCGGACCUGGGAAGACUACAAGAAAGGUUUCGGCAACGUGGAUGGCAAAGGGCAAGGAGAGUUCUGGUUGGGCAAUGAAAACCUCUACCUAUUGACCCAGAAGGACACAGUCCUCCGGGUUGAAGUAGAGGACUGGGAUGGCAAUGAAGCUUAUGCAGAAUAUAAUAUACACAUAGGCUCUGAAUCUGAAAGUUAUAGGCUCAGUGUGUCUGAUUAUGAGGGGACAGCUGGGGAUGCUCUAAUCAAAGGCUCAGAGGAAGAAGGCAGUGAAUACACUGCUCACACAAACAUGAAAUUCAGUACUUUUGACAGAGACAGUGAUCAGUGGGAGGAGAACUGUGCUGAGGUAUAUGGUGGUGGCUGGUGGUACAAUAAUUGCCAAGCUGCUAACCUCAAUGGGAUUUACUACCCAGGAGGUCAAUAUGAUCCAAGGAAUAAUGUUCCCUAUGAAAUUGAAAAUGGGGUGGUUUGGGUAACCUUCAAACCCUCCGACUACUCUCUUAAAGUUGUUAGGAUGAAAAUCCGCCCAUUAGCAGCAGACUAGAUGUCGGGGAAGAGGGCAAUGUCACAAACUAUAUAUACCUCAAAAUUAUCUGUUUGUCUCUCUCUGUGUGUGCAUGAUUUUUUUAUUCCAAAGCAACUGAAUUAAAUGCAACUAAGAGACCUUUGCUUAUUAAAAUAAACAGCUUCACUCUCAAA